UGAUAUUUAAUACAAAACGUUGCAAAAUGAUUUUAAUGCAUGGAACUGUUGCUUUCGUCGGAUUGCUGAACCUUAUCGUUGUGGGUGUUGCUAUUGUGUAUAUAGUUUAUUUCGGUGGAAAACAUUAUUUAUCCGUGUUGGAAAAAUGGCAAAAGAAUGAAGAAGCUGAAGCAGAUGCGGAUGAUUUUGGAAAUGCCACCGAUGGACAAGAAAUUCCGGAAAGUAAUCGAUAAAUACCCUAAAAUUCAAUUAUUGUAAUAAAAAGUUAGAAAUCGC